UCAAACUGUACACAAUUUAGCAUAGUAGUCCGCAUUAGAGUUCUAUUUUUUUUUACCACCAGAAAUUUAGAGAUCUUUGUGACCCACAGUGUAGCCUACACCAGCUGAAAACAGGGACUUCACCAUAGUGACUGCAGUGAAGCCUAAUUUUGUAUAUAUCACUAUAGGUCUAAGGAAAUUAGUGGAAACGUUCCAAGUUAUUCCUCCAUCCCGCUUUAACUCUUGUGUACUGCUGCAGUGUUGGGGAGCUGGGAGUAGGAGCGACGCUGCCUUGACUUCGGCGCGGAGGAGCGCUGGCGCACGUGGGUGGCUAGUAACGUGUACGUGUAGCAGCACUUUCACCUGUAUUUCAGAAGGGCUCGUCGAAUCGAAGAGAUACCAGCAUAACUCCUUGGUCGAAUCUAGAUCUCCUUUGCGACUCGCAUCUUUGGAGAAAAAAAUAUACUCAUUACCAUGGCAACCCUCAAAAGUGAUUAUGAUGACGUCAUCAUCCCUGAGGAUGUUUCUGCGAUGGAUUUCAUUUAUGAAAAGUUUGAGCAAUUUGGAGACUCAACUGCAGUGGCAGACGCUGCUUCAGGACGAUCGUACACCUUCGCUCAGGUGAGAGCCUAUUCCAGACGGAUUGCUAGCGCCCUCUCUAGGCAAGGAAUAAAGAAGGGGGAUGUCAUAGGCAUUGUGAGCCCCAAUCUCCCGGAGUACGUGCUGAUGCUAUGUGGGGUAGUUGAGAUGGGCGGUAUAGUGAGUGGUGUCAACCCCCUGUACACUGAAGAUGAGCUGCUGCAUCAAAUGGAGACUGUUGAUGCAAGGCUUAUCGUAACCGUGCCACCAUUUGCCGAGAAAUGUCUUAACACCAUGAAACGAUUCCCCAGAGUUCAGGAUGUUUAUGUGUUUGGGGAAGCAGAAGGCUGCAAACCCUUCAAGUCUCUCCUGGCUGAUGAUGGUAGCGCUUGCCCUCAUGUGAAAGUCUCUCUAGAGGACACCUUCGCCUUGCCUUUCUCCAGUGGAACCACAGGCUUGCCGAAGGGGGUCAUUCUCACCAACAAAACUAUCGUCUCCAAUCUACGCCAGCUUGAAAGUCAUCCUGAUCUAACGGAUACACGUCCAGGGGACACCGUUCUUGCCUUGCUGCCAUACUUCCACUGCUACGGUUUGGUAGUCAUCAUGCUUCAUGGGCUACGUAAAGGGGCCAGACAGGUCACCAUGUCACGAUUUGAGCCGGAAGUCUUCCUAAAAACCAUCCAAGAUUAUAAGGUCAAUCAUCUGUACCUCGUUCCUCCCAUCAUGCUGUUCCUGGCCAAACACCCAGUGGUUGACAAGUUUGACCUUUCAUCCGUCAGUCUGAUCAUAUCCGGGGCCGCUCCUCUAGGGGGCGAACUAACAGCCAGUCUGAAAACAAGACUAGGGAUCAAAGUCAUCAAACAAGGUUAUGGUUUGACAGAAUCUGGACCUGUUUUGACCCUCUCCCCGUCCUCUACGGACGUUCCGUCUAGCGUUGGAAAGCUCCUACCAAACACAGAGGCAAAGGUUGUGGAUACCGUGUCAGGAGAAUUGCUUGGAGAGGGUCAGGAUGGUGAGCUCUUGUUCAGAGGACCUCAGAUCAUGCCAGGUUACCUCAACAAUCCUGAGGCAACAGCAAGGACCCUCGACGCAGACGGAUUCCUGCAUACAGGGGACAUAGGCCACUAUGACCAAGACGGUCUCUUCUAUAUCGUGGAUAGGCUCAAAGAACUUAUCAAGUACAAAGGUUAUCAGGUUGCUCCUGCUGAGCUGGAGACUCUUCUCCUCACCCAUCCCUCCAUCAUGGAUGCUGCUGUGAUCGGAGUUCCAAACGAGGAGGCGGGGGAGCUGCCUAAAGCUUUCAUUGUGCCAAAGAACCAAGAACUGACAGCGGAUCAGGUAGCAGAGUUUGUGGCAGACAAUGCAGCCCCCUACAAGAAACUAAGGGGUGGAGUGGAGUUUGUGAAGUCCAUCCCUAAGUCAGCUUCGGGGAAGAUUUUGAGAAGAGUCCUCCGAGAAAAAGAGGCCAAUCCUGAGCAGGCCUAAGGUACCCUGAUAUAGCAACAGAAACCAACAUGCAAUAGUAUAGCCAUAUUCUCCAUUGUGCCAUAUGUAAGAAUAUUCAAAACAAAUUUUACCAUAUAUGGUGACCCAACAUUUUCUGCAGUUUUAGAAAAAUAUUCAGGAUACAACUCGUAGAUUGUGAUCAAAUUUAAGUUUAUAGAAUUAAAGUCUAGAUAUAUAGAAAUAAGUUAGACAUUUUACUUAUGUUAGAAACUUACUGUAGAGCACAAUAAUCUUGUGGAUAGUGGUAUCUGUUUUAUCUGGUGUUUGUGUAUACAUUAUACUGUACAUGUUCUAAGCAUUGGUUUGUAACCAAAUAUUUUAUUAUGCAAGGAAAGUAAAGUAGAGAUUUAGAUAGAGUGUGACAAAAGUUCACUGUGACAUUAAUCUACUGUGUGUGCCAAUAGUUGACCAAAGCGGAUGAAGAGUUAACGACUAAGCACCUUAGUCACAAUGCCAAACUGACUCCAUACUUCCUCUACACCCAAUGACUCUUGUUUCAAUUCAAUUCGUCUAUUUUAAUUCCAGCAAAUACAUUAAAAAUACAUGAAAUACAUACAGACAUAUACAAGUUUUAAACUAUAUAAAUAUAUAUACAGUAUAAUACAGUACAAAUCUUGUUUUAACUGUUUUAUAGGAAUUAUGAUGGCCAUACAUAAACAAAUGUGGGUUUUGUUGAGACGGCCAACUUAACAAAGUAUAAAUGAAAUCUAUUGCAAGACAUGUUCGACAUAAUUUGAGAUAAUUAUUCUCUUUGUUUAUUGGAAGUAUUGUAAUUGUUUGCUUGGUCUACGAUUGGUGUCAUUGCCGCCUAAGACUGAGAUAUGUAAUAUGCAAGUCAAGUAUAUCUACAUGUACAUGCAGAUCUGUGUUGACAUGCAAUGCCCAUUGCACACGAGGCGUCCAUUGCCAGACGUGGCACUGCAACUGAUGCGCCAUGUGACGGUGACAUCACACCAACAAAAUGAUCAAGUGUACAAUCUCUUAUUGCUGUUAGUAUACAUGUACUACAUAUAUGUCAAAUAUACUCAAAGAAGAAUUAUUUCUUCAAGUAAAACUUACAUUAUUAUCGACCAAAUUUCCUAUGGCUGACAUUAUUAUGAAUAGAGGGUGUUUAAAAUAUUCUACAUACCGGUAUAUGUAAUGUAUGUUUCUUGUUUAUUCCAAAACUAUUCCAUUUUUUUAUUAUUUAACAGAGACUUUUAAAAGUUUUUUAUAUAUAAAUAAAUAAGUGUAAGUGUUGUGCUAUAAAUGGCUGAUAAUUUUAUUCCAAAAUGAGAGGCUUUUUCAACUUUUAUACAAUUUCUACAUGUGUAUACGUGUCCAUGUAGUUUUGAAUAUCUAUUAAGAAUUCUAUGUGUCUUGUUUGUCAUACUAUAUAAACAUGUCUUUCUAUAAUCACAUUCAUGAAUAUUGCCUUGAAUAUUUGUAAUCAUGUGAGGCACAAACUUUUGUAAUAAAAUAUGAUACUAUGAUAAA